AUGAAUAUCACAACGUCUUCAACCCACGGACAAAAUGUUAAACCAGCCACAUUCUCAAAACAGAAAGGGAACUUUGCAACUAAGACCGUGGAGUCUCAUCUAUCUACAAACAAUUAUGCAUCUGAACAACAUAGACCAAAAUCAUCUAGAUCUGUGAAACCAUGUGCUUAUUGUCAAGGCACAUCACAUUCAUUGGAAGAGUGCCGGAACAUUAUGAAGAUACGCCUAAAGGACAGAUAUGAAGUGUUGAAGUCCAAGGGACUGUGUUUCUCGUGUUUGAGAUCAGGACAUCUUAAAGGAGCCUGUCAACACAAGUUAUACUGCGUUCACUGUAAGAAGUGUCACCCAUCUAUACUUCAUGUGAAUCCUCGACAAGGCAAGGAAAACCCAGUGACUACUGAUCAAAACAACAACAGCUCAUCUGCAGCCGUUUCUUCAACAGCGCAUAUGGGGGCUGGGGACUCAGUGAGGCAAGCGCUUCCUGUCAUACUAGUACGUCUGAAAUCAAGAAACAGUGACAAAUUUAUUACAACUUAUGCUUUCUUGGAUUCUGGGAGUACGACGACAUUUUGUUCAGAGGAAAUCGCAAGAUCACUUCACCUUGAAGGCAAAAAAACUGUGCUUAACUUAACAACCAUAGGACAGCAGAGGACAGAGAAUUGUUGCAUUCUAUCUGGUCUUGAAGUGAGUGAUUUAAAUGGUGAUCACACAAUUGACUUACCUCCUAUGUACACUCAACCGGAUCUGCCCAUAUCUAAGAAAGACAUUGUUACGUCCGAGGACCUACAAAGAUGGCCGCAUCUGCGUGAUGUACAUAUUGAUACCAUAAAUUAA